AUGCCUAUAAUCUCUGGAGGUAGUGAACAAGACUAUAGUAAUCUGAGUUAUACGUCCAGCAGUACCCUCAAUAAUUUUUUUCCUAUAGCUGUCCAGUCGCAGACACUUAAAGGAGUGAAGUACCAAAGGGCUAAAAGGAUUUAUGACCCAAAUGAACUAUAUACAGCGAACCUAAAGCGUGAGAUCAUUAUUAAUGUGGGGGGAAUGAAAUAUCUUAUGCCAUGGAGUACUCUGGAUGAAUUCCCCAUGAGCAGACUUGGGAGGUUGAGGUAUUGCAACAGCUAUGAAGAGAUCACCCAGAUUUGUGAUGACUUUGACGAGGACACCAAUGAGUUCUUCUUCGAUAGGAACCCAUGCGCUUUCGGGAUGAUCGUCAGCUUCUUGGCUGCUGGAAAGUUGAGGCUAUUGAGAGAGAUGUGUGCCUUGUCUUUCCAGGACGAGCUGACCUACUGGGGCAUCGAAGAGUCCAACCUGGAGAGAUGCUGUUUAAGAAAGCUUUUUCAGAAACUUGAGGAAUUGGCAGAGAUAAGAAAAGAAGAGGAGGCACAGAGAAACAGGGAAACCAUAUUUGUCCUGGAUGACAGUUCCAAUGUUGGACAUUUCAUGAGCAAACUGAGGGAUAUGGUAGAAAAUCCACAAUCGGGAAUCCCAGGGAAAGUGUUUGCUUGCCUGUCCAUUUUGUUCGUGGCCACCACCGCUAUAAACCUGUGUAUUAGCACCAUGCCAGAGCUCAGAGCUGAGGAAGAUAGGGGUGAAUGUUCCCAGAAAUGUUACAGUAUCUUCAUCAUUGAGACUGUUUGUGUGGCUUGGUUCUCUUUGGAGUUCUUUCUACGGUUUGUUCAAGCGAAAAGCAAAUGCCAGUUCUUCAAGGGACCCUUGAAUAUUAUUGAUGUCUUGGCCAUCUUACCAUAUUACGUCUCGCUCGUGGUAGAGGAUGAGAAAAUGACUUUUGACAAGCCUGGCGGUAACUCGUACCUGGAGAAGAUCGGGUUGGUGCUCAGGGUUUUACGUGCCUUGAGGAUACUGUACGUUAUGCGACUUGCAAGGCACUCGCUUGGACUGCAGACCCUGGGGCUGACGGUUCGGAGGUGCACCAGGGAAUUCGGCCUGCUCCUGCUCUUCUUGUGCGUGGCUGUAACCCUGUUUGCUCCGCUCGUCCACUUAGCCGAAAACGAAAUGGGAAGAGGCCAAGAAUUCACUAGUGUGCCCGCUUCUUACUGGUGGGCUAUAAUCUCCAUGACAACGGUGGGGUAUGGGGAUAUGGUCCCUCGGAGCAUCCCGGGGCAGGUGGUAGCUCUGAGCAGCAUCCUAAGUGGCAUUUUAAUUAUGGCUUUUCCUGCAACAUCAAUUUUCCAUACCUUCUCUCGCUGUUACGCAGAACUGAAGAGAGAUCAAGAGAGGUUACAGAGCCGUCUGAUGAGGUUAAGAGACGCAAAUCAAUCGGGUGAAAGCGAUUCCUUCAAUGACACGGACAGUCUGGUCUCAGAAGACACAUACAAGUAUUUUUACACCGGAAAAUAGACGCUUAUGGAAAAAUGGAGUUUCUGUUUGAAGAGCAUUGUGUGCAGGAGCGCCAAUAACAUGGAAACUUUGUAUCUUCCAGAGGACGUUUGAAUUUGUAGCGCUUCUAAAUAAUGCUGUAAAAAAACGUAUCCAGGAAUAAGACUGGUGUGCUUUGUCCAGUAAAGCAGGAGGUCAGAAACCUGGUCUUCAGUAAAAGUGCUCGACGAAAAAGAGAAUAAGGAGAAUAAAGCUCUAGGAUCUGUGACACGUCUAUAUCUACCAGCCUGUUAUUCGAGGAUUUGUGCAUUAUUGACAUAAGGUUUCUAGUUAUAUGAUCUGGAUUUAUCACACUUUGGAGAAACAAAGUUAACAAUUUAAAAAAAAACCUGAAAUAAAAAAAAUAUAUAUUUAUGCUC